AUGGGGAUGCUGGUAGCCAGCCGCUCCACCACGGGCCCUGCCCCUCUGUGCCCACACGACGGGGAGGGCCGGUACCAGUCACUGGCCUUCUGUGGCCUGCCGGGUGCCCGCAAUGAGCCGGCUGAGGCCCAAGUCCACGUGCAGAACUGUGUCCGCGACCUCUGUGCCACAAGGGGCUGGCGGCAGAUCUGGAAGCUGGCCUGGCGUCCCCACAGCCACUACGAGUUCCGCAGCUCCUCCUGUCCCAGCUCCUGGGCCGAGCCUGGCCUCCCCGACGCCGUGCCAGGGGGCCGCCAGUGUGCCUCGGGCUGUGCGCCCACCGGCACCGACUGUGCCCCCCCGGCCCAGUGUGGCUGCUCCACAGGGGCAGAGAUGCGGGAUCCUCGGGGCAUCUUUGGCUGCCACCCACUCUCCCCUGGCACUGGCCAGGCGACAAGGCACUCGCACCUCACCACCUUUGACGGGCAGACUGUUGAAUUCCCAGGAACUUGCGCUUCUGUUUCUGCCGAGUCCUUUAGCUCUGCCAGCUUAUUGUGCUUCUUCAAGGUGGAAUUUGGGAAGAACAGGUUUGCUCAGGGCGUGGCAGCCUCGGGUAAAGGCUGCACUCGGGCUUGGCAGCCCCGAUUUCCCCGGAACCUGGCCAGCGCUGACAUGCAGGAGGCCGCCCUGAGCCUGUUCUUCCUCCUGGCAGGCCUGCCCGCCCUGGACGCCAACGACCCCGAAGAUAAAAACAGUCCUUUCUACUAUGACUGGCACAGCCUCCAGAUCGGCGGGCUCAUCUGCGCCGUGGUUCUGAGCACCAUCGGAAUCGUCGUCGUCAUGAGUGAGUGCGGGAGCGGCGGGAGCCGGCGGGGCAGGGCAGGGCCUCCUCCCCUGACCACUCACCUCUCCCCAACAGGUGGAAAAUGCAAAUGCAAGUUCCGCCAGAAGCCCAGGCACCGCAGCCGCGGGGGUGCCCAGGAGCAGCGGGGCGUCGGCGAGGCGGCUGUUCCUCCACGUUUCCAGUUUGGGGGGAAGGCAGUGCUGUCUCCUUCUCAGUACCUCCCUGGGGAGCAGGGAGAGGGGGGGCAGGAGGGGCGCCGACUCGCAUUCCAGCUCUGUGCAGGGCCCAGCCUGAGCCUGCAAGUUGCCCCGGCGGGGGUGUCAGCCCCGGCCAAGAUGUCGCUUCAGAUUGGAAGGGCGGCCUGGAAGGUCCCGUGGGCCAAGGCCUAG